AUGACAUCGCAAAUAGCGAAAGAUUUCGCUAAGCAGAUGAUGAACUCUGAUUUCGACCAGUUCAUGUUCGAGACUCCCGUCGGCCUGACCUCUGUGUCCUCGGAUGCGUUCAGCAAGAAAUCCGGAGAUUCCCACCCAGAAGAGCCUAACUCCGAUUCGUCGAUAGCAAGUGGGUUCAGCCAGUACAGCAACGACGUGGAGCGGUGGCUGAGAGGUUCCCCUACUGAGAGCACUGGUGUCCAGAACAGCAGAGUGAUAGUAGUCCAGCGCUCGACCCUGGCGCCGUCGACGUCUCUGGCUGCGAAUGGCAUGUGGUACUUCAUGGCCAUGGCUCUGCCACUGUUUAGCAACACCAUGCAAUGGAGAUGCACGCCUAGUAACGUGCUGAACGCCGCAGAGCAAUUCUUUGGCCAUCUAUCUCAAUACUGCGAGGUGGCACGUGGUCAAGUUAGACGACUGGCCCAGGACCACGUGGCUAGGGAUCUGUUUGCCACAGCCAUGGACAUUGUCCUAGUAGUCUACGCCAUUGGGUUCCUCGUCCUAUCUUUGUACCAGGCAUCCAUCAUUGGGUGAAGGUUUCCCAUUAUAGUGAAGUUCAUAAAUGAUAGGUCAGUGUGUUUUGUACUAACAAUUAAGUCUCUUAAUAAACUAUGGGUGCAAA